GCUCCAGUGGUCUGGCUCCACUUCAUUCAGCUCGUCGUCGGCGAAAGAGAUUAUCUCUGCACUUGCUCCGCGGCGAGCGAUCGCUUAUAUAACCGCAUGGCUCCCGAGUGGAGAAGAGGGCUAUAAAACGGCGUGUGCCCACGUUUGCCGAAUCAUUUCCAGUCGGUCCAGAGGCGAGCAAUCAUUCGAGAGUCCUUCGCAACGAAUCCAGAGAAAUGGCAGCCCGUUUCAUAAUCAGUGCGCUUCUGCUGGCUAGCCCAGCGGUAUGGGGAAAGCCCACCUUCGGACGAGAGCAUGUCCACAUCCGCAUUCACCUGCCGGAGAGCGGUGGGGAUCACGGCGGCCACGGAGGUGGUGAUUUCGGCGGCCACGGAGGCGGUGAUUUUGGCGGCCAUGGAGGUGGAGGCUAUGAGAUUCACUCCCACGAUGGCGGAUACAGCGGCGGUGGAGGAGGCGGUGGCCAUGUGAACACCUAUGCUGUUAUCACCGAGAACCACGGAUACAGUUCCGGGGGUGGCGGAGGCGGCGGAGGUGGCGGUGGCCACGGAUACAGCUCCGGCGGAUAUAGUUCCGGUCAUGAUGAUGCCAAGAUUGCUGCCAUCGCUGCUGCUGCUGGCUCGUCCUCCGAUCACGGACAUGGCGGACACGGAGGCAGCGGCGGACACGGCGGAGGUUAUGGUGGCCAUGCCAUCGCCAACAUUGCAGCCAUCGCCGCCAGCUCAGACUCUUCUGCUCAUGGAGGCAGCGGAGGAUACGGCGGCUACAGCGGUGGCGGUCACAGCGGAGGAGGUCAUGACACCCAGGUGAUUGUGGCUGCUGCUGCAGCUGGUGAUUCACAUGGCUCUUCUGGCGGAUACGGCGGCGGAUCCUCCGGUGGAUACAGUGGCGGCUCCUCCGGGGGCUACGAUGGUGGAUAUUCUGGUGGAUCCUCUUACAGCGGUGCCUCCUCCUACAGCGGCGGCUCGUCCUACAGCUCUGGAGGAUACAGCGGUGGACAUGGCGGCGGCUAUAGCAGUGGCGGCGGAUCCAGCUAUGAUACCCAGGUGGUGGCUGCAGCCGCUGCUUCCGGCAGCGGUGGCUCCUACGGCGGAUCUUCCGGCGGCGGUGGCGACGGAUACAGCUAUUCAGCACCGGCCUCCGGCGGCUGGGCGGGAUCCAGUUCAAACUGGAAGUAGACGGCAAUGUCCGUCGUUGGCCAUCUGGUCGUCUAGUCUACUGUUCACGUUUAACUUAUAUUUGACAUGUUCGCUCAUCCAUAUUCCACACAUUCUCCCAAGACACUGGUGUACAAAAUAAACCAUGUUAGUGUAAUAAUUUAA